CCUUGUGUUGAAAGGUGCCUUGCCUCUCCCGAGCAUGAUGAGGAUGUUUGCCCCUUGUGUCUUCAGGGGGGGCCAGGAGGAUCAGGAAGUGGCUUUGGGAACUUCGAAGAGAUCGGACCUUUGGACAGGGACCUAGAGCCCAGAAAGAGCAGCUGGGUGCAGGCAGCCAGCGUGCUGUUUGUGGAUAACCCUGUGGGGACAGGCUUCAGCUACACAGACCAGCCCGACGCCUUCGCCACCAACGUAGCCACGGUGGCCUCGGACAUGCUGGUGCUGCUGCAGCACUUCUUCACCCGGAAAGCUGACCUCCAGAGCGUGCCCUUCUACAUCUUCUCUGAGUCGUACGGAGGGAAGAUGGCCGCUGCGCUCUCCUUGGAGCUCACUAAGGCUAUAACACAGGGGACGGUGAAAUGUAACUUUGCUGGUGUGGCUCUCGGGGACUCUUGGAUUUCCCCCCUGGACUCCGUCAUGACCUGGGGGCCGUACCUCUACACUACUUCCCUGCUGGACGAUGCGGGCCUGGCGGACGUCAGCAGUGCGGCGGAGGCGGUGAAGCGCGCUGUGGAGCAGGAGCAGUUUGAGAAAGCCACAGAGCUGUGGUCGGUGCUGGAGACGGUGGUGGAGCAGGUCGGUACUGUCAGGGUCUCACACGCAGAGCCAUAAUCUCUGCUCAUGCAA